CCCUUCGUCCUCGUGUGGGCGUGGCUUGUGCAGCGCUUGGCGGACGCACGCUGCACUCACGCACUCACGUUGGCAUAGCGGCGCGGGUUAGCAUUAGCAUUAGCACCAGGCAGAAGGCGAGAGAGGCUGCUGAAACUUCACUGCCAACAUGUCUGACGAUGAGCCAGAGCAGACCAUCGCCGAGGAUCUGGUGGUCACGAAGUACAAGAUGGCGGGAGAGAUCGCCAACCGAGCGCUGAAGCUGGUUGUGGAUGCAGCCAAGCCCGAGGUGUCUGUGCUCAGUCUCUGUGAGAAGGGAGACGCCUACAUCAAUCAGGAGACGGCCAAGGUCUUCAAGAAGGAGAAGGAGAUGAAGAAAGGUACUGCCUUUCCCACCAGUGUUUCAGUCAAUCACUGCGUCUGUCACUUCUCUCCUCUGAAGAGCGACCCCGAUGUCAUCCUGAAGGACGGCGACUUGGUCAAAGUAGAUCUGGGGGUUCAUGUUGAUGGCUUCAUUGCUAAUGUAGCUCACAGCUUUGUUGUUGGAGCCAGUAAGGAAAACCCAGUCACCGGCCGCAAAGCUGACGUCAUCACUGCCGCUCAUCUGUGUGCAGAGGCAGCGCUCCGCCUCGUCAGACCAGGAAACCAGAACACUCAGGUGACAGAGGCCUGGAAUAAGAUCGCCAAGUCUUUCAAAUGUACUCCCAUUGAAGGUAUGCUUUCCCAUCAACUUAAGCAACACGUCAUAGAUGGUGUGAAGACAAUUAUCCAGAAUCCAACAGACCAGCAAAGGAAGGACCACGAUAAGGCAGAAUUUGAAGUUCAUGAAGUCUAUGCUGUUGAUGUGUUGAUAAGCACUGGAGAGGGAAAGGCCAGAGAUGGAGGUUUGAGAACCACAAUCUACAAGAGAGACCCCAGUAAACAAUACGGCCUGAAAAUCAAAACCUCUCGGACAUUAUUCAGUGAAGUGGAGCGACGCUUUGACACCAUGCCCUUCACUCUGAGGGCGCUUGAGGAUGAAGGAAAAGCACGUCUCGGAGUGGUGGAGUGUGCCAAACAUGAGCUGCUACAGCCAUUCAGUGUGCUUCAUGAGAAAGAAGGGGAGUUUGUUGCCCAGUUUAAGUACACAGUGCUGCUGAUGGCGAACGGCUCUCACAGAAUCACCUCCGGCCCAUUUGAACCAGAGCUCUACAAAUCUGAGCUCGAGGUGCAGGACGCAGAUCUAAAGGCACUACUACAAAGUUCUGCAAGCCGCAAAACACAGAAAAAGAAGAAAAAGAAGGCCUCCAAAACCGCAGCCAAUGCAACCGUACAGCCAUCUGACGAAACAGAAGCAGCUGAAUAAACUGCCUUUUGGAAACCUGCCAGACCCAAGAACAAUAUUAUAUUAUAAUAUUGAUAAUAAAUUUCCCUCAACUUUCUACAA